AUGAGCACAGAGUCUCGUCCUAAACCGACAAUCACCGACCCCAGCGACGCCAUCAUCCAAGUGACACAUUGCACGAUCUCCGGCUCAGAUCUACACCUCUACGAAGGAGACCUGGGCGACAUUAUGCGAAAAGGCGACAUCAUGGGACGAGAGGCCAUCGGGCUGGUGGACGAAGUUGGACUCAAAGUGAGAUCCCGCAAGGUCGGCGAUCGAGUGAUAAUUAUACCAGUGAUAAUGGAAGUUGCGUCCGGACACUGUGUGUCGGAAGCCGAUGCGGAGAUUCGACAGUAUCACCCGCUUCUCCUCGACCUGGUCAUCUCGGGUCAAUUGGAUCCGUCGUGGACGUUCACAUACGAGGAUCAAUUCGAGAAUAUCGCUGAUCACUACUGGCGCUUUGCGGAGCACGAAGAGCCUGGAGGGUUACAGGUGGUUCUGGCGAAGGCAUUUGGGCGCGCAGUGAGCAACCAAGUAGUGAUAUGA